CGGAAUAGAACGGGUAGCCUUAAGACGCUCAAAAUAGAGAAUGAAGUUAAUUGAAAUAAUUUUGUUUUUUGUGACUUUUAAAACACAAACAGUGCAUCCACAAGAGGAAAGUGAAGUUGUCCAAAUAAUCGUCCUGAAAGAGUCAGGACAGGAUUAUGUCGCUGAGUGGCUUCAGCAGUCCCUGAAAGCAGCCGAUCUUCAAAUAGAACCAACUAUUCUAGACCUUGACGGAAAUGACGAAGACCGGAACAAAAUUUGCGAAAAUCUCAAAAGUGGCAUAAUAGUUGACUUAACAUGGACUGGCAAUGAGCAAGCCGAGAAAGUUGCCCUUGAUGUUGGAAUUCUUUAUGUCAAGAUUGAUAUUUCAAUCAGCCCAGCUCUCCUCCUCUUAGACAAGUUUUUAGAAUACAGAAACUCAACAGACGUGACUCUAAUUUUUGACAAUCCUGAGAAAGUUGACGAGGCACUUUAUUUUUGGAUCGACACAACUUUGUUGCGAAUGGUAAUUUCGGAAAAUUUGGAUAAAACCACAGCAAAUAGACUGAAAGCAAUUCGACCAAUCCCUAACAACUUUGCCAUUGUGGCAACUAGCUCGAAUAUGGAAGAACUCCUCCAAACGGCUCUUGACGAAAACCUAGUCACGUUGCCUGAAAGGUGGAACUUGGUGUUUUUGGAUUUUCAGUACCAACAGUUCGACAAGAAACGUCUCAAAAAUAUGCCCAUUAACUUGCUGCACAUGGAUGAGGAAAUCUGCUGCCGGUUUUUGCAAAGUGAAAAGUGUGAAUGUCCGCACGAUUUCAAUCUCCAGGAAAAUUUUCUUUCCCUGGCCACUAACACAUUAGCGAAAAUUUUGAAAACACUAACUAUGGAAAACUUGCUGAGAGCGGAUUUAAACUGUGACGAUUCGCGCUACAGUGAAGCCACCAGGACCAGAUUUUACGAGCUUUUGCAACAAGAAGUCGACUCAAAUGACUUGGUUUUUAAAGAAAAUUUCGGUCUACAUGUCAACAUUAAUGGCGUGAUUGAAACCGGUGAUGAGAAAGUGGCGGAAUACAAUUACAAAACAGGGGUUACUGUUCUGGACGGUAAAAAAGUCGAACCAAUUACUCCCUUCUUCCGAAUCGGAAUAACACAUGCGUUACCAUGGUCGUAUAAAGAAACCGAUUCGUCAGGAAACACCUACUGGACGGGCUAUUGUGUCGAUUUUACCGAAGAAUUGUCAAAACUUAUGGGUUUUGGGUACGAGUUUGUGGAACCCAAAAGUGGCACUUUUGGCAAAAAAAGAGACGGUGUUUGGGAUGGCGUGGUUGGGGACUUAGCCACCGGAGAAACCGAUCUGGCAAUCACAGCGCUGAUAAUGACAGCUGAUCGAGAAGAAGUAAUAGAUUAUGUUGCUCCAUACUUCGAGCAAACCGGAAUAACAAUCGUGAUGCGGAAACCUGUCCGUAAGACCUCCUUAUUCAAAUUUAUGACCGUUUUAAAACUCGAAGUGUGGUUGAGCAUAGUUGGAGCGUUGAUUGUGACGGGGUUUAUGGUUUGGUUUCUUGACAAAUACUCGCCUUAUAGUGCGAGGAACAACAAAAAAGCGUACCCAUACCCAACUAGAGAAUUCACUUUGAAGGAGAGUUUUUGGUUCGCCCUCACGUCCUUUACCCCCCAAGGCGGAGGCGAAGCUCCCAAAGCCCUCUCAGGACGUACUUUAGUAGCCGCUUAUUGGCUAUUUGUCGUCCUGAUGUUGGCUACUUUUACCGCAAAUUUGGCCGCGUUUUUGACCGUCGAGCGCAUGCAAACACCGGUGCAAUCGUUAGAACAGCUCGCCAAACAAUCGAGAAUUAAUUACACAGUCGUGAAAGACUCUGACACACAUAAAUACUUUAUUAAUAUGAAACAUGCCGAGGAUACUUUAUACAGAAUGUGGAAAGAGCUGACUUUAAACGCCUCAACCGACGAUACGCAAUACCGGGUCUGGGAUUAUCCCAUUCGGGAGCAAUACGGCCACAUUUUGUUGGCCAUCAACGACUCAAAUCCUGUGGCGAACGCCUCUGAAGGCUUCCGAAUUGUGAACGAGCACACGGAUGCCGACUUCGCCUUCAUUCACGAUUCCUCCGAAAUUAAAUACGAGAUCAGCAAAAACUGCAACUUGACCGAAGUUGGCGAAGUUUUCGCUGAAAGGCCCUACGCUGUCGCUGUUCAGCAAGGGAGCCAUUUGCAGGACGAAAUCAGCAAAACGAUUUUAAAUUUGCAAAAAGACCGAUUUUUCGAGCAACUCCAGGCCAAAUAUUGGAACCAUUCGGGCAAAGGGAGUUGUCCGACGACCGAUGAUAACGAAGGGAUAACUCUCGAAAGUUUAGGUGGAGUGUUUAUUGCGACACUUUUUGGUUUGGCUUUGGCAAUGAUUACUUUAGUCGGGGAAGUUUUGUACUACAGGAGGAAGAGUAAAAUACAAAAUUCUGAAACUAAAAAGCCGAAGACGGUUCAAACUUCUGAAAAUUGGAAGACAGACACUUUGAUGCCGGUUUCUCUAAUAAAUAAAGACAAACAGUCGGUUACGAUUGGGACAGAGUUUAAACCUGUUAAUAGAAAUAGGGAUUUGUCGGAAUUUGGCCACAUCACGUUGUAUCCAAGGGCAAGGAACAGAAUUACACAGACUAGUAAUGAAUAAAUGAAUGGUCUCAACAAUUAAAAAUGUUUUGCAUG